CGGCCGCGGGGAGGCCUCGGCUGAGCCAGGAGCGGAGAGAGGAAAAGAUGUUUUCCAGAGACUACUGACCCCAGACUUCCCAAAGACCUGCUUCAGCAGACCUGGAAUGGCCAGUCAACAAGCAGAAGUUCAGAGUUUGAAACUAGAUAAUGAUUCGGUUAUAGAAGGAAUAAGUGACCAGGUACUGGUGGCUGUUGUGCUCAGUUUCACUUUCAUUGCUGCUCUGGUGUAUAUGCUUUUAAGAAAUGAGCACCAGAACAUUCAUCCAGACAACCAAGAGCUAGUGAGGGCACUUCGGCAGCAGCUUCAAACAGACCAGGAUGCAUCUGCUGGUGAUAGACAUCGUUUCUAUACUGACAUGUCCUGUCCAGUCUGUUUACAGCAGGCUACGUUUCCCAUUGAAACAAACUGUGGACAUCUUUUCUGUGGUGCCUGCAUUAUUGCAUACUGGAGGUAUGGCUCGUGGCUGGGUGCCAUCCAUUGCCCAAUCUGCAGACAAACGGUAACAUUGUUUUUACCACUCUUUGGUGAAGAUCAGCAGGAUGCAGCACAAGUGCUUCAAGAUGUUAAUGAUUACAACCGGAGAUUCUCAGGACAGCCCAGAUCUAUUAUGGAAAGAAUUAUGGAUUUACCCACUUUACUGCGGCAUGCUUUCAGGGAGAUGUUUACUGUAGGGGGCCUUUUCUGGAUGUUCCGUAUCAGAAUAUUCCUCUGCCUGCUAGGAGCUCUGCUCUAUCUGGCUUCACCUCUGGAUUUUCUUCCUGAAGCCCUCUUUGGAAUUCUGGGAUUUUUAGAUGAUUUCUUUGUCAUCUUUCUGCUGCUGAUAUACAUCUCUAUCAUGUACCGAGAAGUGAUAACACAGAGACUGAAUAGAUAAUGAGUGGAAACAAUCAUGACACAGAUGUUUGUGUGGAAAGCUGAACAAAGGGACCCAUGACACAGUAUGACGUAGUAAAGCACCUGUAUAAACUUUCAGUUUUUGCAAUUAAAUAGCUUGUAGUCAAUUAUUUUAUGCAAAUGUGAGGGGUUAAAAUGUGGUGAUGCUUAACUGGAAUCUUUAAUUUGUGUGUUA